AUGCACCCCUUUUCUAUCCUCACUCUCGGAAUCUUCGUAGCUGGCUACAUCACCGCGAGGUGGGAUCUAGUCACUCGGCUCUACGAAUUGGCCAUCUUCGCGUGGGAUCACGGCGUCGUGGUAUGUUGGCACAGCCCCUCGCGAAUCCCCCGCCUCCCCGACUUGGCUCGGGGAGCGUGGUGCAUGAUCGGAGCUAAUCAAUUGGUUCGCGCACCCAACAGACUCGAACCGCUAAAGGCUUCCUGCUCCUCUCGGUCUUUUUCUUCCUCUUGGUUCUUCCCAUCAAUCGUUUGGCUGCGAGGGAAGGCGAACUGGUAUGUUAUGGUGGAAUUUGUUGCUUCGCGCGCGCGUACAGAGGUGGAGGCUAAUUGA